UGCCUGGGUAGGAGGCUGUCUGGUGAGGCUGGGGCUCCUCCCAGGUCUCAUUCUGGGUAAUGUGAGUCAGAGACUUGUGCAGGCCUGUGCAGUCCUGUCUGAGUCACCUGCCGGAAGCCUUGCCCUGGAUCAAGGCAGAUUUGAAGCUUUGUCCACAAAGCAGGAAUCCUAAAGGCAGAAGCAGCCACCGCAGCAGGAGCUGCAGCGGGAAUCUCACAGACUUUCCCAGAUGGAUGACCUCUGUGAAGCAAAUGGCUCUUUUGCCAUCAACUUAUUGAAAAUACUGGGCAAAGAAGACAAGUCACAAAAUCUGUUCUUCUGCCCCCUGAGCAUCUCCUCUGCCCUGGCCAUGGUCUACCUGGGAGCAAAAGGAAACACCGCAACCCAGAUGUCCCAGGUACUUUGUUUAAGUAGACGUGGAGAUGUUCACCAAGGUUUCCAGUCACUUCUCACUGAAGUUAACAAAACUGGCACUCAGUACUUGCUCAGAAGUGCCUGCAGACUCUUUGGAGAAGAAACAUGUGAUUUCCUUUCGACCUUCAAGGAAUCUUGCCAGAAGUUCUAUCAGGCAGGGCUGGAGGAGAUGUCCUUUGCUAAAGACACUGAAGAAUGCAGAAAACACAUCAAUGAUUGGGUGAAGGAAAAGACUGAAGGUAAGAUUUCAGAGGUGCUGCAUCCUGGGACAGUCGACCCACUGACGAAGCUGGUCCUUGUAAACGCUAUGUAUUUCAAGGGGAAGUGGAAGGCACAGUUUGACAGAAAAUACACAAGGGGCAUGCCCUUUAAAACUAACCAGGAGAAAAAAACAGUGCAGAUGAUGUUCAAGCAUGCUAAAUUUAAGCUGGGACAUGUAAAUGAGAUGCACAUGCAGGUCCUGGAGCUGCCCUAUGCAGAGGAGGAGCUGAGCAUGGUCAUUCUGCUUCCCGAUGAAAACACUGAUCUUGCUGAGGUGGAAAAGGCACUUACUUAUGAGAAGUUCAGAGCUUGGACAAAUCCAGAAAACAUGACAGAAACAAAAGUUCAAGUUUUCUUCCCCAGAUUAAAGUUGGAGGAGAGUUAUGACUUGGAGUCUUUUCUUCAGAGUUUGGGAAUGACAGACGCCUUUGAGGAAACCAAAGCUGACUUUUCUGGAAUGGCAAAUAAGAAGAACAUGCCUGUGUCCAAGGUUGCCCACAAGUGCUUUGUGGAGGUCAAUGAGGAAGGCACAGAAGCAGCUGCGGCCACUGCAGUGGUCAGGAAUACCCGGUCCUGUAGAACAGAACCAAGGUUUUGUGCAGACCAUCCAUUCCUUUUCUUUAUCUGGCACCACAAAACCAGCAGUAUCUUGUUCUGUGGCAGGUUCUCUUCUCCAUAAAGGUCUUACUGCAGGGCUGAGGAUAUAAUUCAGUUGGUAGCGUGCUUACCUACCAUGCACAAUGCCUUGAGUUCAAUCCUCAGCACCUUAUGAAAUUGGGCAUGGUGACCCCUGCCUACAAUCCUGGCACUUGGGAGGUAGAGGCUAAAGGAUCAGAAAUUCACAGUCAUCCUCAGCUAUAUAAUGAAUUCUAAGUCAGUUUGGAGUACAUGAGACUCUAUAGCAAAAAAAGAAAAAAAAAAGUGUGUAAUGUGUGAUUGCAAUGCACACCAUCCUUUGCUACAUACUCUGAUUAAAAUUCCAUGUUGCCAAACUGGCAAAAUGGCUUUAAUGCCACACUUUGAGGUGCCUGUUGCCUGCACUUUUAUUCACAGCCCAGCUCUUAAGCUCUCUUCUGCCUUGUGAUACUCUCCAACCUGUGCUCACCAUUGCAUCAUAUUUUCUGACUAAGAAUAAUUCAUGUCAAAGCAAAAAAUUGUAAAUUACAGGAAAAUGUACAAAGAAAAUUUAAGUCACCCACAAUUCUACUAACCAGAGAUCACUGUCAUUAUGGAGACACAUUAUCUCCUACUGUGUAUGCAGAUAUAAAUUUGCACAAGUAAACCUUAAUUUUUGUGGGUUACUUCCACAGUUAUUUAAGAUGAUUAUCCUUCCAUGUCAACAAUAUGCUGUGCAUAGCAUUCCACUGAGUGGCUGCAUUUUCUAUAACAGAAUCUCCUUGGGCAAUUUGGUAAACUGAAUAUACUGUAUUGAAUAUACUCAGUAUUUGCUUAUUCUCUUAAUGUCUGAACAAAAAAUACUGAAAAAUGAUACUACUGUCAACAUAGAAUUUGAAUACAUUGUGGCACUUCCAAAUUGAUCUCCCAAAACUUGAGCUUGCUUCCACUCACAUUUCCAUUUCCACUACUACUAACCAUUGCUGUCCCUGUUGUUUUUAAUGAGUCAGCUAAACAAUAGUGACCCAUGACUUUGUAUUUCAUUAACAUUUGACAUGCCAAUGAACCCAUGCAUGAUGUAGUUCCAACUUAAAUCUCAUAUAUAGUAUUUUCAGGCCACCAUCUCUUCAAGAAAUAUGCUUUCCAAAGCAGGUUUGGCCAUAACCCAAUAUAGAAGAGUAAAAAGUGUGCAUCUGUAAAUUUUGAUUUAACUUCCAUCUCAUUUAAAAAUAUAAUUUUAAAUGGGGUAUGGUGGCACACACCUUUAAUCCCAGUACUUGUAAGGCAGAGACAAGUGGAUCUUUGUGAAACUGAGGCCAUCCUAGUCUAUAUAGUGAAUUCCAGGCUGGUUGGAACUACAGAGAGACCUCACAUAGUAAGGUAUAAUUGAUAUGGAAUAAUUUUUACAUUCCUAACAUGUACAGUUUGAUAAGUUGUAAUAUAUGUAUGUACUCAUGAUUCCAUCUGAAUACUUUAAAUAAAGAUAAUAUCAAUCAUACCCGCAAAUGAACCUUUGUAACCUCUCUGUCUUUCCUUUCUAUGUCUUAUUAUAGCCACAUAAUUUGUGUUGUGGAAUCAUAUAUCAUCUACUCCUUUUUGUGUUGUUUCUAUGAUUCACUGAAAUUAUUUUUAGAUUCUCCUACACUGUACAUAUGCAUCAUCAGUUUCUUUGCAUGUAUAUGUCACUGCAUGGUUUGUAAUGACAAAACUGACUCCUUUUUAUUCUAGCUGACUUUUGCUUACCCUGUGUUUCUGCCCAGCUGCCCAUUCCCUGCUCUAGCUGUAGCCAACCAGGCAGAACCACGAAGGCUGCACUUGCAUUUUCAGGGAGUACAUUGUUUCUACAAUCCUGAGAAACUUACAACCAGCCAAGUAGAAUGGUCUCUUAUCUAGUUAUACCUUCAGUUGCAGGAAGCCCAUUGUUUCUGCGAUUCUGAGAAACUUGUUUUUCUCUAUCAAAACUUAGGUUAGAAAAUUAAAACCUUUUUGUUAGCUGAAAAGCCCUUUGUUAACUGCCUGGUGAACUGAUGUAACUAUGGUUAUUGACUUUGCUCCUGGCUUGAUGUAAUUGUGAUUUUAGACUUUAUAAACCCUUCCCUGCCUUUCCUUGGGGUUAAAAGUUUUUUUCUGGGGACACUCCCUUUUGACCACCAGCUUCUUGGUAAUUAUUAAAGGACUCUUAAUUCAACCA